AUGACGAUAGCAGCGAGUGGCGCGUUAUACCGAGGGAUGGACAGAGCCUUCUGCGUAAGAAUGAAGAGUACAUUAACCAAACGAGGGUGCCAUUUCAAGUCUUCAGGAUAUAGGGUUGGGAGAUGCAAGGAGGGUGAGACGCCAAGAUACGGAGAGGGUGGUAACUGGCGGGUAGUUCUAAUGCUCUGCAGGCUACGACCACAGUACACCUUUUCACAUAGUCGGAAGACACCACCAUCUCUACUGGGGAUGGUAGCACUAGCCAUCGCAUUACCACCACCUUCAGUGCACGAGAUCAGACUGGAAUCUGAUAUGUUUGUUACGAGGAUUAACUUCGACUUUAGGAUAGCGCAUUGUGAACCCAGCAGGGUUCAAGAGUUAUUGGGAUACACAGCGGAAGAACUAACUGGAAAGAAUCUCUACGCUUUAUGUCACGGUGAAGACGCCAAUAAACUUAGGAAAUGCCAUGUAGAUUUAAUGAACAAAGGACAAGUACUGACUCACUACUAUAGGAUAAUGAAUAAGCUCGGCGGCUACACCUGGAUGCAAACUUGUGCUACCGUCGUUUGCUCAUCGAAAAAUGCCGAAGAACAGAAUAUUAUAUGCGUCAAUUAUGUUAUAAGUGGCCGUGAAUACCCAAACACUGUGAUGGAUUGCUGUCAAUUAGAAGAAAGCGUUCAGGGAGUAAAGCGAGAGGAAUCCACAGGAGACCCUGAAAAUGGACCACCUGAUGCUGACGCGCCGGGUGCUCCACCUCCUACAGCGAGACAUCCAUCUGAUAGAACCGAACCUCCGACAAAUAACGAUUCAGCUUCUACUGCACCGCCGACGUCAGAUGUGACCCAUCUAACAAGACUGAGUGAUUCACAACCUUUACCUCUUCAUACUAACCCAGAACGAACGUCACCAAUGCCAGCGAGAAGACUGAAAAAAAGAAAACACACCACAGACGAAGAGGAAGUCAGAGAGGAGGAAAGGCGCAAAAGCUCAUCAAAUCCCGGAGCUACCAUAUCUCCAGUUGAGCGCGAUUUAACAAAAAUUCCAAUGCCAGAAAAUACGGAUGCGACAUCUGUUAGAGAUUUAGAGAACGCCAUGUCCAAACAUUUGCCAUCCGUUGCGCUAGAUAAAGAAAUCUCUCAUCGCCCGACAGACUUCUCAACGGAUGCCUUACUAAAACAACAACAGCAGAAGUCUACUAUACAGUGGAUCGGUACUCAAAAUCACCCGUUGAACCACCUAAAUAGGCAAAUACCUGGUAAUCAUUCAUCAACACCAGCGUCGGCGCUUUUACGGCAGCUGUAUGCGAAUAGAGAAAGCGUUAUCAGGAGCAAUUUCUUAGGAGACGCAAGAUCUGGGGGCUAUUACUCCGGAGACGGCCAGACAGGACCUCUACCGACCCCGCCGGGAAGCGAAGGUUCAGGUUAUGGUGAGCAAUUAGGUCACAAGGGCACGGAUAUCGGAUCGCUCGCUUAUGGGAGUUACGCAGACUACCAUUCAGCUAUGACCCCGCCCGGUUCCGUUUCACCUCGAGACAAACAGCAGUACGCUCUGCCGUACGACAAUAACGCUUAUUCCGAAGCCCUAAGACAUUCCUACUUGGGUGACACACCGUUGCCAUUGAAACCCCAGGCGUAUUCCGCUGUCCCCGGUGCAUUGGACUAUGCGUCAUCGCUAGACCAGUCGCAAUUCUUCCACCCGGCUCCAUCGUUCCAUCUCUAUCAUCCGCAAGCGCAUUCGGCGCACGCGUCUCACUCGCACCAACCCGUAGACAAGUCAGCUCCGCCGAACACCAAUUGGUAUUCAGCCAGCUCAUAG